ACAACGUGACAGAGUGACAGUCAUAAUCGACAACAUAACAGAAAAUAUUUAAAAAUGUUUUAAAAAAUAAAUUUUAUUAACCCCUAUUUUUUAAGUAUUAAGUGUAGAUAAAUUUCAAUAACGAAAACGAAAAUGAAGACAGUUAGUAAUGUUAAUGUUGACCACUACAGACAGCUCGUGCAGACUUACAUAGAUCUGCACAUUUAUAGUACUGCCUUAUUUUGGGCUGAUAAAGUGGUAGCGUUAACUGGACAUCCAAAAGACAUUUACAGUUUAGCACAAUGUAUGUUUCUAUUGAAACAGUAUCACAGAGCUGCCCACAUGCUAAAAUCAAAAAACCUCGAAAAGACCAACCUACAAUGUACAUAUUUGACUGCCAGAUGUUUAUAUGAAGCCAAUGAAUUAGCUGAAGCUCUCAAAGUUAUAAACAAUAUAGAAAACAUUAAUUUUGUUCCCAAAAACAUUUUUUCUCCGCUAUUUUCCAAUUCUCAGUCAUUAUUGUUUGAGAAUACACCAAAAAAUCAAGCCUAUUCAUCAUUCUUAUUAUUAAAAGGGAAAAUUUUGGAGGGAAUGGACAACAGAGGCCCAGCUGCUGAUUGUUAUAAACAAGCCCUUAAUAUCGAUGUCCAUUGUUUUGAAGCAUUUGAUUCAUUAAUAAAAUAUCAAAUGCUCACUUCACUUGAAGAGGAAGAGCUAUUAAAGUCUUUACCAAUAUCUGAACAAUGUUCUCCAGAAGCUGCAGAAAUCUUGUAUAUAUUAUAUCAAUCAAAAUUAAAGAAAUAUCAUAUUCCGACGUCACUCCGACCCAUGGGAAGUAAAAUCAUUUAUGGUAGUACUCCAGCUCCACAGGAGAAGUCUACAGAUCUCUUGAACGUUACUCCAGGUAUACAUUCUGGCAUUGUAAGUACGCCAACGAUAAAAGUAACUCCCAAUGUUAUUAGAAAUAAUGAUAGGAAUCUAAAGAAAUCUGAACCAGACAAAAUAAAAAGUGAUGAUGAACACAUGCAAACGGAAGACCUAGAUAACUCGAUAUUGUUGAAAUUAAAGAAUAGUUUAGAUUUACAGGUGGCCGAAGCAGAGAGACUGUACUAUAAUUGUAAUUAUCAACUCUGCAGCUCUAUGACAGAAGCAAUUCUCAAAGUAGAUCCAUACCAUGACGCUUGUUUGCCAAUUCAUAUAUCUUGUCAAGUAGAAUUGAAACAGAGUAACAAACUGUUCACACUGGCUCAUAAUUUGGUGGACUUGUAUCCGAAUUUAGCGAUUUCAUGGUUUGCUGUUGGAUGUUAUUACUAUAUAAUAGGUAAGAGUGAUUUUGCAAGAAGAUAUUUAGCCAAAGCCACCUGUUUAGAUAGACUAUUUGGACCUGGUUGGCUAGCCUAUGGACAUUCAUUUGCGAUUGAAAAUGAACACGAUCAAGCUAUGGCAGCAUAUUUCAAAGCCUCUCAAUUGAUGAAAGGAUGUCAUUUGCCUCUGUUAUACAUCGGAUUGGAAUGUGGACUAACGAAUAAUGUUCGGUUAGCAGAUAAAUUCUUUCAUCAGGCACAGACCAUUGCACCCGAUGAUCCAUUUAUUAUGCACGAAAAAGGUGUUAUAGCUUUCCAGAAUCUAGAUUAUGAAUCUGCAGAAUCUCAUUUUAAAACAGCUCUAGACUGGGUUAAAGGUAUUAGAAAGGGUAUUAUCCCUCAGAGAUGGAGUCCUUUACUAAAUAAUUUGGGUCAUACUUUGCGCAAAAUGAAACAGUACAAAGAAGCGUUGGAAUAUCACAAUCAAGCAUUAUUGUUGACUCCCCAAUCAGCAAGUACAUAUUCAGCCAUAGCUUACGUUCAUGUUUUAAUGGAAAAUUAUGAGCAAGCUGUAGAAUGGUUCCAUAAAGCGUUAGGAUUGAAACGAGAUGAUGCUUUUAGUACGACAAUGUUAAACUAUGUUAUUGAUCAAUUGUCGGAUGAAAAGCCUCCAUAUCCAGGUUGUCCAGAUGAAAUUCCAGACUUCAACGUUGAACCCAAACCAGCCGAAUCCUCCAUGAGUGUAAAUAUGGCUGACAAUGCGACACAAAAUAGUGCUAUGUCUGACAUGAGUAUGAGUAUAGAAGUUGAUAUGGUAGAUUCAAGUGGUAUAGUUAAGGAAUGAUGGCGCAGAUUAUUUGCGUUGUACUAUAUGUAUUGUUAAUAUGAAAAUAAUAAAAAUAAAUGUUUUCCAUAUAUUUA